CCUUUACACAUUAGAGCGCCGCACUGUGAUUUGUUUUUAGCUUAGCUCGGACACGAGUGGAACAGUAACCGAGGGAAAACACGAUCCAGGCAAUUGUUCUUAGACUAGUUUCUAUCUGAACACUCCCACAAACCUCCAGCUCCUCCGUGCACUGCUGACGUGAAAAGCUGCCAUGCCGGUGCACCGUGACCGGGAGAAGAAGGAGAGUACAGCAGAAGAGAUGGAGGUGGAGGAGCACGAGCAGGAUGCUUCCAGCUCAGAGGAGGAGGAUUCUGACACAACUUCUGUCUCUGAGGAUGGAGACAGCUCAGAAAUGGAUGAGGAGGACUGUGAGCGGAGGAGGGUCGAGUGCCUGGAUGAAAUGUCCACCCUGGAGAAACAAUUCACUGAUCUCAAAGACCAGCUGUAUCGUGAGCGGCUUAGUCAAGUAAACAGUAAGCUCACAGAGGUGGAAGCUGGUCGGGCAUCAGAAUAUCUGGAGCCUCUGGCUGUUCUACUGGAGAACAUGCAGGUCCGCACUAAAGUGGCAGGUAACUUCAACACACACAUACACAAGCUCAUGAAGUCAUACACACUCUGGUGUCCCUAUUCACUCUCACUUUGUGCGUCAGGUAUCUACAGAGAGCUGUGUCAGGAAUCUGUGAAGAACAAGUAUCAGUGUGAGAUCCAGGCAGCAUGCCAGCACUGGGAGAGUGAGAAGCUGCUGCUGCUUGAUACGGUGCAGAGUGAACUGGAGGAGAAAAUCAGAAGACUGGAGGAGGACAGGCACAGCAUAGACAUUACAUCAGAGCUGUGGAAUGACGAGUUGUCGGGGAGGAAGAAGAGGAGAGACGCUUUAAGUCCAGAUAAGAAGAAACGAAGACCUUCAGUGGUGUCUGGCCCAUAUAUUGUCUAUAUGCUUCCUGACUUGGACAUCCUGGAGGACUGGACAGCCAUCAGAAAGGCUGUGGCUACUCUAGGUCCCCACAGAGGGAAGUCUGACUCUGAAAGCCCUGUGUUCCCAUUCAGACCCGACAGAAGCAGACCCAUAUUGAACUGCUGAGGCGCACACACCCGAACACACAACUUCCAUUCACUCAUUUCGAAUCGCAUAAAAAUACACACUGUGGAACAUUUGUCUGAAUCUUCCGAAAAUCCACUGCACUGCUCAUCUCACAUCGACACCAGUCGGUAAGCUGCCUCGAACCAGGAGGCAAACACAACACAGAUGUGCAGGUUUUAAUCUUGAAUAGGACCAGACCAGUUUCGGUUUCCCUGAGUGGAUAAGAGAGGAGUUCUCUGUUAAAGGACCAUUAAAUGUAAACAAAGGGCUUCAUUCCAAAAAAUAUAAUCCAAAAUAAAAAAAUGUGAUGUUCAUAGUUCAAUCUACAUAACUUUAAGGUUUUUAAAGUGGACAUUGGGUUUAAAAACUGCUGACAUGAUAUAUCAUCACUGGAAACUAAAACGAACAAAAUCAGGGUUCUAUUUGUCAAUUGGAUUUGAAUAGACAACAAAUACUCCUAUUGAGACACAAAUUAGCUCCUGGUAAGAACUGAGAACAUAAGUCAAUUAGUCCUUAAACCAAGUUUACAUGUCUAUGACACAAUUUCAGACAGUGUUUUUACAAAGUUUGAUCUCGGAGCAUGAGAUCACAACCGUUUUUCAUCAAAGUAGGUGCCACGUUUUGGAUUUGGAUCUUUGAACGCAUCCAUCCACUUGGCUCACACACAGUAAAGUAUUUUUAACCUCUUCAAACAUGAUUUUUUACGAGGGUGUUAAUGUCUUUACACAUUAACACAAUCAUGCAUGUUUUUUUGAAUACAUGGUGGCCAACAAGUGAUCAACAGUGUCAUGUGACAUUUUUUUUCUUUAUCAUGUUUUACAAUCACCAAGAUCCAUCAUCUGCUACACCUCAAGUCGUACGGUUUUCCAACUUGUCUGGACAUUGCUAUGACCUAUACAAAAAGAGCCUUUGCAGACGUCUAAAGUUCAGUUUAGUUUUUCCGGGAUCGAGCAUUCAGAGGAAUUUUCUGUCUUUCAGUAUUUAAACCAGAAAGUCACAUUCAUGACGAGGUCCUGGGCUCCACAUCAUCGUGCGUAUUUGUAAACACUUAGACAUUUAAUCUCAAAUAAAGCAGGUUAUUGACAACGUUUCCAUUUACAAAGGAGGAAAUACAUGAACCUUUUCCAUUGUGCCAUGAUUUUUUUUUAAUUUUUUUUAUGUGGACCAGUUUAAAUAUUUUGUGAGAUUAAUAAUGUUUCUUUAUGAUGGCGUUUUGAAUAGUUAGGUGAACACAGUUUGUACAGUGUUUAGUUUUUCUCAGAGAGCACACAGCAGUGCCUACAUUGGAAAAUAUCACCAUCGUGUGUUUUUGUUUUAGUGGUGCAUCUUGCAUUUGUAGGAAUUGCUGUGACUUGGAUCCCACAUAGACAACAGUGUAAUUAAAAUGCAAGAUAAGUGCAUAACUAUUCUAAUGUAUUGAAGAGAGUUUGGAGUUAAACCAUCAGAAAGGAAUAAUAUUCUAAUCAGGUUUAACUCGCCCCUUUCCAACCACCAGUGAACAUUUGUGCACCACCUUCUCUGUUGUCAAUAUUGUGAGUCACGCAUGACACACAAACAAACUUCAACAGAUCCUUAGGCAAGACCAUAAAUAGUGUCAAUGGGAUACCUGGCUUUUUUUUAAACAUCUGUUCUGCCAUCACUGAGCUCUUUCAGUACAAGAAGGACGCUCGAUGAGUGCAUCCCUCUGAUUUUGGACCUCACUUUCAUUUCUUUCCUUUUAUUUUGACUCCAGGCCAAAUGUUACACUAUCAACAUAUUGUAAAAUACAGAGGUAUCCCUUAAAAUAUGUUAACAAGGUGUUAUUCUUGUAUCAUUCUCUGCUAAUUGUAUCUACCUCUUCUCUCUUUCUCUCUCACUUAAAACCAUAUUCAUUACUCAUGAAUAUGUAAGUGCUUCUAUCGUUAUGCCCAUAUUGAUUUUUAUUUCAUGGUAUUGCUGUAUUUUUAUGGUUGUGAUUUGUGCAGAUUUGUCAGGAUGUUUUCUUAAAAGCCUGCAACAAUAACAGAUAAUUGUAUAAAAGCAGAAGGAACCAAACCAUGUUCCUCCAACCUCACUCCUCCACUGAAUCUUCACAGUCGGUUGUAAUCGACUCCGUUUAUACAGGCUGACGAACAAACUGCUAUUUCAUUGUACAGAUUAUUUUAUAAGUGAACCGAUUUUUGAAGAUGAAGGUGGUGCGGAUGUGAAAUAUUCAAAUUGAUAUUUUUCAACAGUUUACGUUCAGUAAUGCAUCGGGUACAUUUAUGUCUUUUUCGUUAAUGACGUGGAUGGGUUUUACAAUAAAACAUUUUACUAUUA